CGAUCACCAGAGUCGGGGGUCUCCGUCUCCUCAGGCGGAUUUUGCGGGUCCUGGACCCUCAUUCCCAUUUCCUUUCUUUUCCCCCGUCUUCUCAGUGUGAUUUUCUUGACUCCCCUUUUUACCAAGAUCAGCUGCCUCAGAAUCAACAAACUACCAACUCUUCAUCCAAGAUUGGUUCCUGUGUGUCAUAUGUUUACAAGUCAGUGGGAUUAAGCACAGCACAUACACCCCGAAAAGCCAAAUAAGGAAAUGAAUACCUUCUCUUGACAGUUCUAAUUUUACUUGUAAAUUAAAUUCAGUUAGAUUAAAAUGGUUUAAAUACAGACCAGCAGAAUAAUUAUAGUAGAAAAUGACUGAAAGUUUUCAGAACAUAUUAAAUAUACUAUCUGACAUCUACUAUAGCUUGGUUGCAUACUGGUUCUACCAUAGGACAUUUGACAAGCCCUACAACAUGUCUCUAAAGCUACUUCUGUCAGUUAAAAUGAACAUUGCAGCUCUUACUAAUUUGCACUUACAUAUAGCUAAAAUUUUGGCUUGUCUGGCAUAUGUUUUUGUUUUGGUGGUGUAUAUUUCCAAAGACAGGUACAUGAACAGUACAGGGAAUUAUAGAGCUUCCUUGGAUGCCAGAGUAAAUUUUUCCUCUCAUCAUUGGAAACAUUCCUGAGUUUUUUGGCUAGCGCUCUGCAGUCUGUCUGGAGUUAAGUCCCUUCAUUUGUGAUGUUUAGAAGAUCAGAAACAAAAGCAAUAGUCCCGUGCAGAUGAGGUUAAUGAUAUGUAGCCAUUGACCUUAUUGCUGAUUUAUCAGUUUUUCUUAACUGUUUGGUAUAAUUUUAUACCUUUUACUUUGGCUCUUUUUAAGGCCUUCCAUAUGAAAAAUAUGUAAGAAUGACUCUUAACAGCAUGUGUAUAAAAGAUAUAGAAAGAAAAUGUCAUAUCUUUGCCCCAUUGCUUGAAAAAUCAUUUAAACAUAAGUAAAUAUGUUAUUUUACUUUAGUUUCCUAUUGUGAAUUCUAUAACUAAGAAAUUUAUGAGUAACAUGAGUCUUUCACAUGUUCAAAAUAAAUAUAAAAAAUAUUGUUCAGCUUUUAUAGAUUAUAAGUAAAUAGUACUACAACUCCAAAUAAUCCUUAUUUUUAUGUGUUAUAAACCAAUUUUCAUUACAAUAUUUCAUAAAAGGAAAAGAAAUACUAAUUUGAUUUAGUAUAUUUUUUAAAAAGCAGCAGUGAUACAGCAUUUUAUGAAAAAUUUCUAUUUAUAGUUAUCAGUUUCUAAGGUUUGAUGUUUUCAAUGAAUGUCCUGAGAUUUGAAAAGAUAUUAAAGGGAUAGUAUGCAAUAUAUGGGAAUUUGGGUUGGAAUACCUUUUUUUAAAUGUCCUACAAAUUUGGAAGAUUUUAAAACAGUUUAUGUACUGUGGGCAUGGUUAUAUUCAAUCCUGUCAGGAUUUUAAUAGUCUAUUGAAAUUAGUAACCAAAUGUCUUUUUUGUUUUUAUGUUUUGUAAAGGACUAAAGCCAGGUGGGCUUGGGCAGAAAAGUGAAAAGACAAUGCUCUACUUCAACCGAUGUCAGCAUCUGAAACAAAUAACACAGAGAUGUUUUUCUAGUAUCCAUGUUAAAACGAAUAAAUAUGUACAGCUCAUUCUUUCAAGAACAUUUGCACUUGCAGAAUUAAGGAAAUCAUGGCACUCAACCCACACUCUUGUUGGAGACAAAAAUAUUGUCCUGAUGGGACCUCCUGGUGCUGGGAAAACAACAAUAGGCCGAAUAAUAGGUCAGAAGCUAGGUUGUUGUGUCAUAGAUGUGGAUAAUGAUAUCCUUGAAAAAACCUGGAAUAUGAGUGUGUCUGAAAAAUUACAGGAAGUUGGUAAUGAGCAAUUUUUAGAAGAGGAAGGAAAAGCUGUGUUAAACUUCUCUGCAUCUGGAAGUGUGAUUUCCCUUACUGGGUCCAAUCCAAUGCAUGAUGCCAGCAUGUGGCAUCUGAAGAAAAACGGAAUAAUUGUAUACUUGGAUGUACCUCUGAUUGAUAUAAUUAAUCGUCUGAAAUCAAUGAAGAUAAAUAGAAUUGUAGGUCAGAAUUUUGGAACACCUAUGAAAGACUUACUUGCAUUUAGAAGACAGUAUUAUAAAAAGUGGUAUGAUGCUCGUGUGUUUUGUGAAAGUGGAGCUUCUCCAGAGGAGGUAGCUGACAAAGUGCUUAAUGCAGUAAAAAGAUACCAAAAUGUGGAUUCAGAAACAUUCAUUUCAACAAGACACAUUUGGCCUAAAAACUGUAAACAGAAGAAUUCAACAAAAUUCUUUAGUGAAGCUGUGAUUGAAGGGUUGGCUUCUGACGGUGGACUCUUUGUUCCUGAGAAGGAGUUCCCAAAAUUAAGCUCUGGGGAGUGGAAAGGCCUAGUAGGAGCAACCUACAUAGAAAGAGCACAAAUACUGUUGGAAAAGUGUAUACAUCCUGCUGACAUACCCGCUGCCAGAUUAGGAGAAAUGAUUGAAACUGCUUAUGGGAAAAACUUUGCCUGUUCCAGAAUUGCCCCUGUCAGGCACCUUUCAGGCAACCAGUUCAUCCUGGAGUUGUUUCAUGGACCAACAGGAUCGUUUAAAGAUUUAUCUUUACAGCUUAUGCCUCAUCUCUUUGCACACUGUAUUCUACCAAAUUGCAAUUAUAUGAUACUUGUAGCUACUUCAGGAGACACAGGGAGUGCAGUCUUAAAUGGUUUUAGUCAUCUUAAUAGCAAUGACAAGAAAAGAAUAGCUGUGGUCACAUUUUUUCCUGAGAAUGGAGUAAGUGAUUUUCAAAAGGCACAAAUAAUUGGCAGUCAGAAAGAAAAUGGAUGGGCAGUGGGUGUCAAGUCAGAUUUUGAUUUUUGUCAGACAGCCGUAAAAAGAAUUUUUAAUGAUUCUGAUUUUACUGGCUUUCUCACUGUUGAAUAUGGAACAGUCUUAAGUUCAGCUAAUUCUAUUAACUGGGGCCGACUACUUCCCCAGGUAAUUUAUCAUGCUUCCGCAUAUCUUGAUCUUGUUAGCCAAGGAUUUAUUUCUUUUGGAAGUCCAGUAGAUGUCUGUAUUCCCACAGGAAACUUUGGUAACAUAUUAGCAGCAGUGUAUGCCAAACUGAUGGGAAUCCCUAUUCGAAAAUUUAUUUGUGCUUCUAAUCAGAACCAUGUUUUGACUGAUUUUAUAAAAACAGGACAUUAUGAUCUAAGGGAAAGAAAAUUAGUGCAGACCUUUUCACCGGCGAUAGAUAUUCUCAAAUCUUCAAACCUGGAACGACAUUUACACUUGAUGGCUAAUAAAGAUGGACAGUUAAUGACAAAGUUAUUUAAUCAAUUAGAAGAUCAGUGUCACUUCCAGAUAGAAAAGAUUCUAGUUGAGAAACUUCAGCAGGAUUUUGUAGCCGACUGGUGCUCUGAGGAAGACUGCCUAGCAGCUAUUAACUCCACCUAUAAUGCUUCAGGAUAUAUCUUGGACCCACACACUGCCGUUGCAAAAGUGGUUGCAGAUAGAAUGCAAGAUAAAACUUGCCCAGUGAUUGUCUCAUCUACAGCUCAUUAUUCAAAGUUUUCACCUGCUAUCAUGCAGGCUUUAAAGAUUAAAGAAAUCAACCAAACUUCAUCAAGCCAACUUUAUUUACUGAGUUCAUAUAAUGCAUUACCUCCACCACAUGGGGCUUUAUUAGAGAGAACAAAACAGCAAGAGAAGAUGGAGUGUCAGGUCUGUUCAGCUGAUGUGAAUGUCCUGAAGAGUCAUGUGGAACGACUAAUACAAAAGCAGUUCAUGUGAAAGUUUUCUGACUUUUUUUUUCUGAUGAUAAGCAUGUAUUAUAAACCUCAAAAGUUGGAGUACAAUAACAUUUUGUUAAGUAAAUAUAUAUGUCAUUUUAUAUAUAUAUCUUUUAUCAAUUUGAAUUUCAGUAGCCUAAUCUCUAGGACUGAACAUGUACCUGCACAUGCUGCUUGGAAUCUUAAUCUAGAAGUGACAAGAUGUAGCGUAGUGCAUGGGCCCUUGUGCUGUUGUGCUUUGCUUUGCCAUUAUGAGGGAUAUAUCAGUUUCCUCUCCCUCACCCUUGCCUUUAGGUAGACCAAAUGUCUAGUAUCUGUUAAUGAUUUGGAAAAUAAAAUAUUUAAGCACAGUUGUUAAGUACUGUACCUGUAACUAUAUAUUAGUUCUCUGUUGACUAGAAAGUUAAUUUACCACUCAGAAUGGCUAACUUGUAUGGAGGAAGGUCAUCUAUUUAAGAUUAGAGCUAGUGUUUAUAACCCUCCUCAAGCUCCAUUUUGGACUUCAGUUAACUAUGUGUAUCCUACGGUCCAAAUUAGACCAAUGCUCUAUCCUUAACUCCUCUUUGGGUAUUUAUAAUUAGAGUGAAGAGGUCUGAAAACCAAGACAUAAUUUAAAUCCAGGAUGUAAUAAUCAAUAGGAGCCCUGGUGACACAGUGAUUAAGUGAUCGGCUGCUAACCGAAAGGUCAGUGAUUCGAACCCAUCAGCUGCUCUACAGGACAAAGUUAUGGCAGUCUGCUUCCGUAUAUAUUUCUGCCUUGGAAACCCUGGGGAGCAGUUCUGCUCCAUCCUAUAGGAUUGCUAUACCCUAUAGGGUUGUAUUUAUAAAAUGAAAAAUUGUUACCAGUUUUCAAGCUGGUUAUAAUUUCUAGCUUUCACUUUCUUUGAAAUUGUUUGGAAUUGACUCGAUGGCAACGGGUUUUUAAUAAUCAAUAGAACUAUUUCGUAUUGGAUACAAAAUAUUCCAAGAGGAAGAUUUUCCAAAAUUAAAAGUAUUUGAAUAGUCUUAAUAGAAGUAUAUUUGUAGUUACAGACAACAGUUUUCUUAUAUUAUUUGGAGUCCAUUCCCAUAUAAGUUGUCUCUUGUCUGUCUUAUCAAUGAACAUUGUCUUUUUGACAGCUAAAGUCACACACAACAACAGAUGUAUAUAUUUCAUUUUUACUCCUUUGUAGUAGUCAUACACUUUAAUCAUGAUUUACCUGUGAGAAUUUACUGAAUGUUUUAUUUCUGAAUUAAAGAUUGUCAUUGAAAGGAACUAUAAAUGUAAUGGGCUACUCUCAACCACAAGAUGGCAUUCCUAACAUAGUUUGUCUUUGCUGCUAACAUUCUGCUUCAUUUUCUGGGAGAACUGCCUACUUCAAGAAAUAUAUUAAAAAUUGUAAUCAGUGGUGUCACUGGGGUUGGUGUCACCUAGUGUGGUCAGUCAUGGUGUCACAACUCCCCCUCCACAUGGACCUUCUCCCAUAACAGACUAUACAGGAUCUUUAGUAAUGUUUUUUGUACUAAUGUUACUCAUAAAUCGUAAUUCCCGUGUAUCACUCCUUCUUUUCCCUUAAUCAUUACUUCAUUGUCAAAAAAGUUAUUGAUACAGGUUCACAAAUACCAAUUACCACAGUAUUGUAGCUAAAAUACCGGAAAAUUUGACAGAGCCAGUGACUAUAAAAACAUCGGCAGCAACAAAAACAACAGCACGUGCUUGUAGCUGGUGUAGACAAAACCACGUGAUUUGAAACGUUGUUGUAAUUGGUUAAU